AUGCAGGCUCCCGUAGUGGUUAUGAACACCAACAGUGGUGAGAGGCAGACUGGCCGUAAAGCUCAGCUGUCCAACAUCGCCGCUGCCAAGACUGUCGCCGACAUUAUUCGAUCAUGCCUGGGCCCCAAGGCCAUGCUCAAGAUGCUGCUCGACCCCAUGGGCGGCAUCGUCCUCACAAACGACGGCCAUGCUAUCCUCCGAGAGAUCGAGGUCUCCCACCCCGCCGCCAAGAGCAUGAUCGAGCUCAGCCGGACACAAGACGAGGAGGUCGGCGACGGAACUACAACCGUCAUCAUCCUAGCCGGUGAGAUUCUGGCACAAGCUCUGCCCCAGCUCGACCGCAACAUCCACCCCGUCGUCAUCAUCUCUGCCUUCAAGCGCGCCCUAAAAGACGCCCUCGAGAUCAUCGAGGAGAUCUCCCUGCCAAUCGACGUCGACGACGACAAGGCCAUGUACCAGCUCAUCUCGUCUUCUAUCGGCACCAAGUUCGUUUCGCGAUGGAUGGACCUGAUGUGUGACCUCGCCCUCAAGGCGGUCCGGACGGUGACGUGGGAGGCUGGCAAUGGCAAGACCGAGGUCGACAUCAAGCGAUAUGCCCGAGUGGAGAAGGUUCCCGGCGGCGAGAUUGAGGACAGCAAGGUCCUCGACGGUCUCAUGCUCAACAAGGACAUCACACACCCCAAGAUGCGCCGGCGCAUUGAGAACCCCCGAAUCGUUCUCCUCGACUGCCCCCUCGAGUACAAGAAGGGCGAGUCCCAGACCAACAUUGAGAUUACCAAGGAGGACGACUGGAACCGUAUUCUGCAGAUCGAGGAGGAGCAGGUCAAGGCCAUGUGCGAGGCUAUUAUCUCUGUGAACCCUGAUCUCGUCAUCACCGAGAAGGGAGUGUCUGACCUCGCCCAGCACUACUUCAUGAAGGCCAACAUCACAGCUCUCCGCCGAGUCCGAAAGACCGACAACAACAGAAUAGCUCGUGCCACCGGCGCCACAAUCGUUAACCGAGUAGAGGAUCUCCAGGAUUCGGAUGUUGGCACCCGAUGCGGUCUGUUUGAGAUUGAGAAGAUUGGCGACGAGUACUUUACCUUCCUUACCAAGUGCCAGGACCCCAAGGCCUGCACCAUCCUUCUCCGCGGCCCCUCCAAGGACGUGCUCAACGAGAUUGAGCGAAACCUGCAAGAUGCCAUGGGCGUUGCACGCAAUGUCAUGUUCCACCCUCGGUUAUCGCCGGGUGGUGGCGCCACAGAGAUGGCUGUCUCUGUGAGGUUGGGCCAGCUGGCCAAGAGCAUCGAGGGUGUGCAGCAGUGGCCCUACAAGGCCGUGGCAGAUGCCCUCGAGGUUAUCCCUCGAACUCUGGUGCAGAACGCUGGCAAGAGCCCCGUCCGCGUGUUGACAGAUCUGCGAGCCAAGCAGGCCGAGGGCAAGAGCUCUUGGGGUGUCAACGGCGACACUGGUGCCAUUGCGGAUAUGAAGGAGUAUGGAGUCUGGGAGCCCCAGGCUAUCAAGCUGCAGAGCAUCAAGACCGCCAUUGAGGCUGCCUGCCUUCUCCUCCGAGUAGAUGACAUCUGCAGUGCCAAGAAGGCCCAGCAGGUUGGCGCUCCCGGCGGCGGUGGCGAGGAGUAG